AUGCAGGAUUACCCUCAUUCUGCGUACACUGUGGGCAUUAUCUGUGCUCUUCCUCUGGAGCUUCGGGCAGUACAAGCGCUUUUUGAUACAGAACAUAACGGGCACACCAAAAUGAAAGGGGACAGCAACACUUAUGCACUUGGUACAAUGGGCCAACAUAUGAUAGUUGCUGCUUGUCUUCCCUCUGGAGAGUAUGGAACAAAUGCAGCUGCUGACGCUGCCUCCAACAUGAGAAGAACUUAUUACGAGCUUGAAUUCUGUCUUUUGGUCGGCAUUGGUGGUGGAACUCCCUCCCCAGAGAUAGACAUUCGCCUCGGAGACGUUGUGGUUAGUCUUCCAACAUCAAGGUCUUCCGGAGUAAUUCAAUACGAUAGAGGCAAGGAGUGUGAAGGUAAUACCUUUCAACUCACCGGGAGCCUCCAGGGACCACCAAAAGGCUUGAGGACUGCCACAAGCGCACUUUGUUCAAAGCCUGAUCAUUGUUCAAACUCGCUUCGGCCAUAUCUGGAAGAUAUUGUCCGAUCUAUACCAUGUUCCCCCACGUCAGACUACAGCCACCCCGGACAAGAGAAUGAUCAUCUCUUUAAGGCAGCAUGCUCUACCUGCUUUGCCCUUAGAGACUGUAUUGACGCAGAGAGCCAUGUGCAGCGCAGGGCACGUCGACCAACAGAUCAACCAGAAGUUCAUUAUGGCCUUAUUGCAUCCGGAAACAGGGUUCUUAAGGACGCUGUUGCACGUGACCGCUGGGCAAAAGAACAUGGCAUAUUAUGUUUUGAGAUGGAGGCGGCAGGAGUCAUGAAUACCCUUCCAUGCCUUGUUAUCCGUGGCAUCUGCGAUUAUGCAGAUUCUUACAAAAACAAAAGGUGGCAGAAUUACGCAGCAGCAACUGCAGCGUCUUAUGCUAAGCUACUACUCCGCCAUACUGCCUCUAGUUAUAAGAAUUCCUUGUGUAUAUAUACUAAUGGAGAGGAACCAAAGGCAAAGCGUUAG